AUGUCGUUCAUUUCGCGCGUCUUUCGGGGUAAAGACGCCAGUUCCACCAAGAAGCAUACAAAACCAGCCAACGCGAAUCCGAUACCUGCUAAGCCCAAGUGGACCGAUGCCUGGCUGAGAACAGAGGUCGCACCUGAGGAGGUUCAAGAUCUGAUUCGUGGUUGUGCACAAGAAUUGAAAGGCAGAGCUCUGGACGCCCCCUUCCUGCUCCUUCCUUUCCGCCCGAGUUCCGAUCCUAGUGCGGCCCGCACGUUCAUCCGCAACUACUUUAAUCAGUCUUUCGAUAAGGGCUCCCCAGUCAAUGGAGAUUUCCUGAUGCAGGAGCUGCGGCUCAAUGAGCCUAUGGUUCUGUGCAGUGUGAUGAAGUGGUGCUGGAGCAGAUUACCUGGGGGUGUCGUAACCUGGGAGGCAUAUGAGUUGUUCAAGGUUGGCGAAUCAGACUCCGAUCUCGCUCGCGACGCCUUCUCCACCUUUAUCCCCAUCAGUGUCGACUCAGACGCUCGCAGCAAGAUUAUUUUUGACUUCUUCGACCUGCUCGCCGCAAUCGCAGCACAUGGCAAAUCCAACGGGCUGGGAGGCCGUAAGCUCUCGAGAUAUGCGGGAUGGUGGGCGUUCGAACACCAUGACACUGGCAAUGGCUUUGAGGCCUCAUAUAGAAAUUGGGAAGCCGCUGCCGAUGCCACAAGCCACUUGUUCUUCGCUUAUUUGCGAUCGCUUUCGCCCGAUGUCCCACGCGGUGUUACAGGCAUUUCCUCGCUCCCACUCUCGCUUCAAACCCUCGUGGAGGGAACCGAGUACCCUCCGGAGACCCCGACUCUGCUUCAGGUUACAACGACUAAAGUUGUCAUGAUUGUUGAUACAGUAUCCCCUACACCUUUUGCUUUGCUACGCCGCGCAAAGAAUUUCGAAUAUCGCGAUGAACAUUGGCACUUACAAGAAUUUGCCGAAUAUGAAGACCCCAUCCAGGCACUCACUGACGAAUGUCAGCGAGUUUUGAAAUGUAUUUCGUCCGCGAAUGAGUCAAGCGUGUCAACUACAAAGCACUCUGUCGGUUUGAAGGAUGCAUCCUGGUCUCGCUUCGAGGAUAUUGGAUUUAGUGCUUCCAUUGAGUCGGAUGGAGAGGAUGACAAAAUCAAUUCCAACACCUCUCUGAAGGCUACCUCUGCGGGUGGUUUGAGCUCUGUGCCUCUAUCACGCAACGGUCACUUGGGACGUCCCACAACUCCGUCCUGGGCCGAUUUUAUGUCUUCUGGCUUCUCCGAUGAGAGAAACCCAAAAUACUCCAGUCCUAUGCUACUGCCACCAGACAAGGUUUUACCUCCAAUCGUUUCUUACCAGCGCGGCCAGAGUUCCCAGUCGCACAAGCGUAAUAUGAUAGACAGCGAGACAGCGCUUGAGCCAGCUGAGCUGGCUAGCAUCAACACUUUGGAUCUGGAUGACUCCUUCUGGUGGGUCUGGAUCACCAGUCUAUCUGCGGAUGAGCCUGCAGCGCGCAAGGCAGUAUUUGGUCGGUGCACUCUGGUGGAGACUGUGAUCCGCCAAACAAAAUGGUUGGUUCUUGAGGAACAGAUCAAGGGUGCUGCUCCUGAGCCCGAGGCCGGAGCCCAUAUUGUUGAAAAGAAGCACUUCUUCAGCUUCGGUUCACGCAAGGCAAAGAUUAACCGAAGCAAAUCGACAGCCCGCAAGGCAUCCUCCAUUGGAGAGACUUAUCAGCGCUCUGAUAACCCGGGUCCUCAAAGCAAGGUUAGCAUUGGCGCUGACCAGCACAAGCGCAUUCAACAGGCUGCCGCUGCUCUCCAGCAGAAGCAUCGUGAGCAGGAAGCGGAGGCUAACCAAUCCAACGCCAAUCUCGACGACGAGACUUUCUCCACCAAGACUAACUCGGUCAUGACGCUUCAGCCGGGUAUCGUGAACGAGGCCUCCUCGGCCAUGAAGUGGGCCAGGAAUUACGAUAAAGAUGCAAUCCGUGCCGCUUAUCUCGAUAAUAGCCAGCUAGGAACUCGUGGCAUUACCGAGUCCAUGAACAAUGAUUCGACCGUUACUGCCACAGCGGCACAAGGUCCCAGUUCCCCUGUUGCUCAGCCGCAAUCUCCCAGCUCAUCCAAGACCGGACCUCCACCAAUUUUGAAGGAUGCCUCUGCAGCACCAUUGCCGCCCUCUCCUUCACCAGUCAAUGAGCAGGCUGAAGAAACCAAGGAGAACGCUAAGACUGCCAAGACUGUUGUCAUUGAGACACCCCCUUUGCUGGAGCCUCAUCCAUCAGAAGAUUCACAAAAGAAGUUGAAAAAGAAAAAUGGCAACGCCGGAUUUAAGAGCAUGUUCAGUAGUACAAAGAAGAAGGGUGGUGACCAGCCUCCCAUGAAGAGCACUGGUGCUGGGGAAACAUCGGUAGCAGCUGCCCGUGCUGCUCUCGAAGCCAAGGCCAAUGCUGCCCAGGGGCCUGGCGCGCCCAAGCCCGUGUUGAGAAAGAAUGUACCCAUCAGUGCGACACCAGUUGCAACCGGGGCUACUUCUCCUUCCCCAGAGAAGCCUUCCACUCCCAAGGAUGAGGUGAUACCUGCGGCUGUACCCCGGAUGCGAGUGCAGCGGGUUGGCAACGGCAGUCCUCCUCAAACCCGCCAUGCCAUUGAUAGUGAUGCGCUAUCCCGUGUCGAUACUGACGAGCGUGCCGCUGCCGAUCACGAGUUCUCCAAGUUCGACCAGGGACCACUGGACGAUCAACCUGCCUUUGUCCCUGAGGAUGACGACUUGACCCCUGUUCCCGAAGACGAGUCCCCCCAACCCAGCCGAAGUAACGGCCAUACUGCCACCCAGGGCCGGUGGGCACAGAUUCGCAAAAAUGCUGCCGAGCGAGCGGCUGACGAGUCGGCGCCAAGGUUAAGCCAGUCUGAACGCACAGACGAUGGUGAAACCAGCGGCGAAGAGACAAUUGAGUCACGAGUAGCCCGUAUCAAGGCACGCGUUGCUGAACUCACUGGCGACAUGGAGGCAGCACGCUAA